UGCCGGAGCGGAGGAGCGCUGGACCAGAGAGAGACGCGCAAGGAGCGGAGAGCGGGCUGAUGUUAGCGGCCGUGGAGGGGCUCAGUCUGCCAAUUAAAACUAUACAAACAGCUAAGACGGACUUUAUGAAAUAAUUGUGGUUAAUGAAGUUGCUUUAGAUAACAUAGGUCCACUGCAUGACCGUUGCGCUUGCUUGCUUUGCGAUUUGUAACUGCAUGUUUAAAGUGUAUUUACAGGAAUAGGUGGUUUACUUGACGGAGGCUAGUUUGUGCCGUCAUUCCUGCAAAGUGAUGGCAGGUCCUUAGUAGCUCGCUUUCAUGUUUUUUCUUGGAGUUAGUGCCCGUGUAAUUACUUCUCUGCACUCCGCUGACCACUUCUCUCAUCUGACUCUUAACAAUGAUCGCUGAAGGUCACGUUUCAGCGCGACUCACUUGUCCAGCCAUUGUGCAUCUUGUCUUUUGCGACCGUGACAUGGUUUGCAGAUAACUUUCACACUUUUUAACAAUAGCAGGGAUGAUAUUAACUCACGUGUUUUGAUCUGUAGACUACUUUUAGUCCGAUUUAAAGCCGAACCGGACUAUGACUUGGUCUAAACUUUGCUCUACGCUCCAGCGGAUGACCCAGUGAGAAGUGUCAAAUCAUAUGUAGUUUAAUCGUGUCAGCCGGAAGAUGUUAGGAAGUCCGUCUAACAACGGCGGCAUCAGAAUGCUGGCGCCCCCGGCUCCGAACGACGACAGGCGCGUAGAGUUCGUGGCUCUCACCGCUGUCCACACGGAGAGAAGCGAGCCAUCCACCCCGGAACGCGGACACCCGUCUCAUCGCACGGGUCUGCUGGGCACCCCGCUGCCCGGGCCGCCCGGACCCCGGGGCAACACGUCCGCUUCAAGCAAGCGCUACAGAAAGUUGCAGAACUGCCUGUACAACGUGCUGGAAAGACCAAGAGGAUGGGCAUUCAUCUACCAUGCAUUCAUUUUUCUGCUGGUGUUCAGCUGCUUGGUGUUGUCUGUGUUCUCCACCAUCCCCGACCACCACAAGUUUGCCAACCAAGGCCUCUUCAUCCUGGAGUUUGUGAUGAUUGUGGUGUUUGGGUUGGAGUACUUCAUCAGGAUCUGGGCGGCUGGUUGUUGCUGCAGAUACCGUGGAUGGCAGGGACGGCUGAGAUUUGCCAGAAAGCCCUUCUGUGUCAUAGACUUCAUAGUGUUCGUGGCAUCGCUGGCAGUGAUCGCUGCAGGUACGCAGGGUAACAUCUUUGCCACCUCGGCCCUGAGGAGCAUGCGCUUCCUGCAGAUUUUGCGUAUGGUUCGAAUGGACCGACGGGGAGGCACCUGGAAGCUACUGGGCUCAGUGGUUUACGCUCACAGCAAGGAGUUGAUUACAGCCUGGUACAUAGGUUUCCUGGUCCUGAUCUUUGCCUCCUUCCUCGUCUACCUGGCAGAGAAAGACAUCAACUCAGAUUUCAACACCUAUGCAGACUCCCUCUGGUGGGGGACUAUUACUCUGACUACUAUUGGCUAUGGUGAUAAGACCCCUCGUACCUGGCAAGGACGGCUCCUGGCUGCAGGCUUUGCUCUUCUGGGAGUCUCCUUCUUCGCUCUGCCUGCUGGAAUUCUGGGCUCAGGCUUUGCCUUGAAGGUGCAGGAGCAGCACCGGCAGAAGCACUUUGAGAAGAGGAGGAUGCCUGCUGCCAACCUGAUACAAGCUGCAUGGCGUCUCUACUCUACAGAUGCCAAACACUCCUAUCUAACAGCUACAUGGUACUUCUAUGACAGCAUGUUGCCUUCGUUCAGAGAACUGACGCUACUGUUCAGUCACCUCCAGCGACAGCGUAACACCAAGAAGGUUCUUCACAACUCCUACCACACGCUGCUGUCUGGGCUGCGGCCCUACAGCUCCCCCUACCUGUCGGGGGACAGUCAACUCCUUUCUAAAAAGCGGGGUCUCUUCCGGAUUCACGCUGGCCGCAAGCAGAGUAAAAUGGGCUUCCGGGAUAGGAUCAGAAUGAACAAUUCCCGAUCAUCCCAAACCAUUCGGAACAAGGCGUCACCGCUGCCCCCGGGCUCCGGUGUCCGACGCUCUCCCAGCCAGGAGAACGUCCCCGAGGCCACCAGCCCGGGGAAAGUCCAGAAGAGCUGGAGCUUUAAUGACCGCACACGCUUCCGCACCUCGCUUCGCCUCAAACCGCGACCUCCUGCUGAUGUGGAGGGUGUUGGGGAGGACAGUGUUGAAGACAAACCCUAUUGUGACGUGGCAAUGGAGGAGGUAAUCCCAGCAGUGAAGACACUUAUACGAGCUGUCAGGAUCUUAAAGUUCCUUGUGGCCAAGAGGAAGUUUAAGGAGACGCUGCGUCCGUAUGAUGUGAAGGACGUCAUAGAGCAGUACUCCGCUGGACACCUGGACAUGCUGGGCCGCAUCAAGAGUCUGCAGAUGCGCGUGGACCAGAUAAUUGGACGAGGAACUGUUCAGCCAGAUAAGAAGGCACGCCCUGAGAAAGGAGAGAAGACGCCGCCAGAACUGGACCCACUGGAUGAGCUAAGCAUGAUGGGACGUGUAGUCAAGGUGGAGAAACAGGUACAGUCCAUAGAGAACAAGCUCGACCUCCUGCUCAAUUUCUACUCCCAGUGCCUAAAGAAAGGCUCAUCCCACUUUACCCUGACCUCCCUCCUGGACCCUGACCUGACAUCUGACUACCACAGCCCCACGGACCAAAGAGACCUCUUCCCCUCUGCUAACACGCUCAACAUCUCCGAAAGCGGCAACUUGGAAUGACAGUGAGCUGAGCAGUCUGGGGAUUUGUGUGUGUGUUAUGGGGUGGGGGGCUGUUCGAACACUGACACAAACCCUUUACAGUGCGUCUUCCUUAGGCUGAGCCCUCACUCCGAGCACCCUGAACUACACAUCUGUCUCAAAUCUGCAUCCUCGUCCACUUUGUUUAAAUGUUUCCACAGCUGAUACAGGCAGACACCACCAGAUGGCUCCACCUCAGCCAAAGCUGCUCACCGGACACCCCUCUCAGCACCACUACAUGAGAUGGAGAGGACACACGAUCAACUUUUACUUGACUACUGAACCACUUUCACCCACUCACCUCAUGCUUUAUAUCUAUGCCUACUUUGAAGCUACAACUGUAGAUAAUCAGACUCCGAGCUUUGAAGUUUUGUAAAUCUUUGGAGAAAUCUUGUCUCUUUUUCACCCCCAUCCUCAUUUCUGUUUUAUCUUGGCUGCUUGAAUCGACUGAGAGUUUUCUGACUCAGCUCACAGUUCUGCAAGUGCCAUGUCAAUCAUUUGUUCAAUACCUUAGCAUCACAAUUCUUGAUACUGGUGAUGAAUGUAUUGGGUACCACCUGAAAAUUUUGCAUUCGCACCACCAGAAAAACAAAUAAAUAACUAGAGGAGCUGUGGACACAAAUAAUCUGCUCCUUUGGACUUGGACGGGCAGCAAACUGGGCUGAGAGCCACCUCGCCAAAGCACAGAGCCUCCGCGGUACACCUUCCCACCCAGUUUUAAAAGUGUAAAUCCUGCGUUAAUCGCCCAAACUUUUCACAUGAAAACAGAGCUGGAAGAAUGUGUUGGAGUGACUGAUGUGUACUGUAAACUGUUUGUUUUCCUUCUCUCAGAAGUUCUUUCUCCAACAAGCCCACUUGCAAAAAAAACCCCAUUAUUUCCUGUUUGGCUGGCAUUCAAGUGUGGAAAUUUUCACACUUAUUUAGGAUUUAAUAGAGCCAAGAUGUCCUUUCAUGGGUCUGCAAUCCUUCCUUUGCAGUGUUUGAAAGGCUGUUGUUCCUCUUUAUGUGAAUUUGUUUUUAACGUGCCCUUUAAAACUCUCUGUCUUGCAGCCCGCCCUCCAAACAUGCAUGUUCCUCAGAUGAGUCCUGUAGAUAAAACCUCAUUCAUCCUCAGACAGAAUUUCAGCAUUUAUGUCACACUGUCUGCACUGCUCCUUACAGCUCACACCAAACCUCAGGUCAGGUUUAACCGUGUCAGCUGGUUCAGACGGUCAGUAAAACUUCACAACCUUUCUUUACAGGAGGAUACCUCUCACUCUUACAGUCAUCAGAUGCUACAUGCACUCGCAGAAACUUUUUGGCCAGUUUGGUGCAGUUUUAGUCAACGAAGAACCCGUAAGGCGUCCAGAUCUAAAGCAUGAAUUCCAGGCCAUUGUCCUCAUGAAUGCACGUGUCUUAGGAAAUGGUUCCAGCCUUACAGCUUCACCACAAACAGGCAGUGUGCAGGGACGGGCUCCAGUCAUCACUAGUAAGUGUUGCUGACUGUCCUUGCCAGUCGUCUUUACUCUCUUCUGUCUUUUUCUGGUUCUUUCUUGGAGAUGUGUGAUGCACGGGAAAUGCUCCGUGCUCGUGGACAAAACUGGAGAGUGCAUACAGGCACACACACACACAAACAAUGAAAGCAAUUUCUUUACUUAAAAACUCUGGCACUUGAUGAAUAUGACACGUUUUUUGUCAUGUAUAACUUUAUCAUUUUGUUUUGAUUUCUUUACUGUAAUUAUGUCCAUGUGUUCGAUUUUGUGUAACCGAAAACAUCAAAUUUCUAUGUUGUUUUUUAAAUGAUUUUUUUCUUUUUUUUUUGGUUGUUAAAGUGAAUGUAGGGUUUAAGUUAAUAUAUUUAAUUCAAUUAGAUAUAAUCUUUAAAUAAAUGUAGCAUUUUUGUCAUUUUAAAUCAUGGAGGACACAACUGUAACGACACUAGCCGAUCAGGUUCACACGCGCACGUGACUCGCAGAGCUCAUAUGUAUAUUUUUUUAAAUGUCAUCAGAUAAUUGCUGCCAGUUUCAACUAGGAAAACAUUCGUCAGACUGUAUUUGGCCAGUGAAAACAGUUCUUCUGUCCCUGCAAGUGACUCAUUUAUUUGGUUCAGUCAUGCCAGUUGACUCAGGUGCUCCACUUCUCCAUUCAAGCCAGGCCUAGACUUCAAACAGUGAAUGUACUUCAUUGCUCGGCCUAUUUAGAUCUAUUUAUUUUAGAUCUAAUCUUCUUGCUGCCAUGAGGGAUAAAAUGGCACUUCAGAGCUCGCUGUUGGCACCAUAAAAUCGUUGCUUUCAUUUCAUAGAGAAAUGCUUGGUAGCUUUAUUCUUUGGCCUAACUUUUAAACAGAGAAGCCUCAUUAAUAGAGGCACGGUUACACUGAACAGUACUGUCACGCCAUUGUCACCUGGAAUGUUGAGCUUCAUGAAAAUGUAUGUGAGACCACUGUAUUGCAUGUUGUUGUUUGUAGUGGCCCCAGUAUUAGAAAAAAAAAUAUUACGGAUGUCUUCUGUAAAGUUUUGAGUCAAGACAUGAAAGGAAAUGACCUGUGCCUUCUAUGUCCUCAUUCUGUAACUGAUAUGGUGCGGCUUUCUAUCUCAAACUGAAAUAUUAACGCUGCUUUGAAGACGACAGUGUUUCAUAUAAAUAUCACGUGUGGAUACCCAUCCUCUUUUUUGCAAAACGUUGACCUAACUAGAAACUAUCAGAAAAUUGUUAUGAACAAAUAGUUUUUAGGGAUGUUAGUCUUUUAUGACUGUUGCAACCUUUGGUAUUUUCUGAGAAUAUUACUGUAUAUUCAGCAUAUCAUUGUAACUCUGCCGGGACCUCCUCGCAUCGACGCCCUUACUGUAUUUUAAACGCCUGUCAGAUCUGGAGGCUGGAGGCAUGGACUCUUGUAUCACCACAAGGAAACUCUGCAGGCUUGUCUCCUUUCGUAAGCAUGUCACAUAAAUCAGAAUGGCUUCCACACAACUACCUCUGAGGCCACUAGGGGGCGCUAGUCUAGGAAACCAAGUAUGAGAAACAGUAACUGAUUGUCUAACUGACUGAAUGCUAUGCAUGACUCAAUCUGCACGUUCUCUUUUCUCUUUUCACUCACUUGUUCUUCUUCAUGACGUCCUCACCAUCCAUCGUUCACUGACUUGCUGCCAUUUGACAUUCCAGCUCGUUGCCCUUUAACGGCUCUUAGGUAUCGGAACUGUUGUUCAAAUGAAACACGAACUGAUCAAAGCAAUAAGCAAAAUGCUGACCUAACAAAGUCUUCCAAUUCCAAUCGAUGUAGCUACUGGUUGAUGACAUAUGGCGCUUAUCUUACUUUCUAAUCUAAUGCACACCUCUACAAAAUGUGUAUCUGCUGAGGAUAAAAUUAGCUCACUUGACUAACUUAUUAAUUUAUUUGUUUCAAUAAAGCUCUUUGGACUGUA